AUGGCAUUUCAGCCAGUUUGCUCAAAUUGCAUCUUAUUUGAUGGAGAGGCAAUGGUUUUAACAGCAUGUGAUCAUGUGUUGCAUAGGAAAUGUUUUGCAAAAAUGAACAAAAAAAUCUGUUCAGUAUGUAAUCUUAGUAUAGACAUAUCGGAUCUAAGAAAAUUAGACAUAACAAAAAAUCCCGUCGAAAUUAAGACACAGUGCUCUAAAAAGUAUCGAGAUAUGAAGAAAAAGAUAGCAUUUUAUAAGUUUAAGAAUGAUAUCCUGCAGAAUGAUCGAGACGAAGUCAUGAAAAAAUGGCGUAAUGAAGCAAUGAACGCUAAAAAACAAGUUGAAGAAUGUAAGAAAGUCUAUAACCUUGUUCAAGAAAAAUUACAACUUCAAUAUGCAAAUCUCAAUACUAUAUAUGUUCAUAAAACUAUUGCAUUCGACUUACUGUGUGAGUUAUAUACCAAAGAGACAAAGAAUUCAAUUCCUUCGAAUCUGCAUGUGCUUUGGAAUGAUGAUGCUCAUUAUGACACCACAUGGGAAACAUACAACAGUGAAAUUAAAAAUAUAUUGAUGAGAGCCAGUCAAGAAAUCAGAAAUAAAAUCAACAAUCCGAUUUCAUGCAGCAUCUACGCGAAUGAUACUGUUGCAGACGCAUUUAAUUGUGCAGCAGAAAAUGCGGUCCUCAAUCAAAUGCAGUCUAAUAUAAGUACAGCAAAUGACCAGACCAUAAAUUGGACACCAUCGCCAAUUCCGGAAGAAAUACUUCAUGAGCUCGUUUCAUCGGAUGACAAUGAUCAAGCAGAUCAAAGUACAUCAGAAUCAGAUUAA